CGGGCGGGGGCGGCGGAGCGGGCGCGGCGGGGCCGGCGCGAUGGAGCGGCCCGAGCGGCCCCGCGCCAACGGCUGCGGCGCCCACGGCGCGCUCCGCAACGGCUUCGUGCGCGGCCCGCCCGGCACCCAGAUAAAUAAUAUUGUGCACAAUGGAGGAUUAUACAAAAGGCCUUUCAAUGAAGCUUUUGAAGAAACCCCAAUGCUGGUUGCUGUGCUGACCUAUGUAGGCUAUGGCGUUCUCACUCUCUUUGGAUACCUGCGAGAUUUCAUGCGGCAGUGGAAGAUCGAGAAGUGUCAAAAUGCAACAGAAAGGGAAGAACAGAAGGACUUUGUCCCAUUGUACCAGGACUUUGAAAAUUUCUACAACAGAAACCUCUACAUGCGCAUUCGGGACAGCUGGAACCGUCCAAUCUGCAGUGUGCCAGGGGCCAAAGUGGACAUGAUGGAGAGAGUUUCCCAUGACUACAACUGGACAUUCACAUACACAGGGAGAGUGAUAAAAGACAUCAUAAAUAUGGGUUCCUACAACUACCUUGGGUUUGCACAGAAGACUGGGGCUUGCCAAGAAGCAGCUUCUAAAGUUCUGUCCCAGUAUGGAGCUGGGGUGUGCAGCACCCGGCAGGAGAUGGGAAACUUGGACAAGCAUGAGGAGCUGGAAAAGCUAGUUGCCAGGUUCCUAGGUGUGGAAUCUGCAAUGGCAUAUGGAAUGGGAUUUGCAACCAACUCUAUGAACAUUCCUGCUUUAGUUGGCAAGGGCUGUCUGAUUCUGAGUGAUGAACUGAAUCAUGCAUCACUAGUGCUUGGAGCAAGACUGUCAGGAGCAACUAUUCGAAUCUUUAAGCACAACAAUAUGCAAAGCCUGGAGAAGCUGCUCAAAGAUGCUAUUGUGCAUGGGCAACCUCGUACACGGAGGCCCUGGAAAAAAAUUCUUAUCUUGGUGGAAGGAAUAUACAGUAUGGAGGGAUCCAUAGUCCGUUUGCCUGAAGUGAUUGCCCUUAAGAAGAAGUACAAAUCCUAUCUGUACCUUGAUGAAGCUCAUAGUAUAGGUGCCCUGGGUCCCAGUGGCCGGGGUGUAGUGGAUUAUUUUGGACUCAAUCCUGAAGAUGUGGAUGUUAUGAUGGGAACAUUUACGAAAAGCUUUGGAGCUGCAGGAGGAUACAUUGGGGGCAAGAAGGAACUGAUUGAUUACCUCAGGACAUACUCUCACAGUGCUGCGUAUGCAACAUCAAUGUCGCCUCCUGUUGUGGAGCAAAUCAUCACCUCUGUGAAGUGCAUUAUGGGUGAAGAUGGUACAACUAUUGGGAGAGCACGUGUGCAGCAGCUAGCAGAGAACACGAGAUACUUCAGGAGACGACUGAAAGAGAUGGGCUUUAUCAUCUAUGGAAAUGAAGAUUCCCCUGUUGUGCCUCUGAUGCUGUACAUGCCAGCAAAAAUUGGCGCGUUUGGCCGUGAGAUGCUGAAGCGGAACAUCGGUGUUGUGGUUGUGGGCUUCCCUGCCACCCCCAUCAUCGAGUCCAGAGCCAGGUUCUGUUUGUCUGCAGCUCAUACCAAAGAGAUGCUUGAUACAGCUUUAAAAGAAAUCAAUGAAGUUGGGGACCUUUUGCAACUGAAAUAUUCCCGUCGCCGUUUGGUACCGCUCUUGGACCGGCCGUUUGACGAGACCACAUAUGAAGAAACAGAAGACUGAGCUCCCUCCAUGUGCCUCAGAGGGAGGGACACACCCAGGGGACACUCCGUGGCACACAGGCCACAGCAUCUGUGAACAACACACUUAUGACUGCUUAGUAUAAGAGACAUUUCCUCACAAUACUGAAGUGGCCACAUCAGCUCUAAAUGGCAUUUUGUAAAUAGGGAGAGGAGAAAAAAAAUCUUUGAUUUCUGUGUCUUCAGGGUCUGGCCCUAGAGGUGCUUGGCUUUAUUUUUUUCUUGUUGCUUUUUUUUUAUUUAUUUGUCUCAAUGAGUUCACAGCAACCUAAGUUGGCUGUGGCUGAUUAGUUCAGACUUUGUAUGCACCAUUAGCCUCCCAAAUGCUGGCUGAGAUGUUGUGAGCAUGUGUGACGCUGGCAUGGCAGCAUUUUCAGUGUCACUGCUAGGUGUCUGAUCUUCCCAAUUAGGAAUGAGCUGACCUGUCUGUUUCUGGAGACUUCCCAGAGAAACUGUUGAUUGCUAACUUUGACAUAUUUAACAAGAUGGAUAAUCAACCAAAGUUGUUUUUUUUUCAUUUGCAGUUACUUAUGUUUAAAACUUGAAUUUAGCCUUUUUAAAAUAAAUGUGUUGUUGACAUGUCGCUGAC